CUGCCAUUGCCUGAUCUGGGGUUGCCGAAAAAAAAAAGAGUCGAUUCGCGAUCGUUUUUGUUGCCGAAAUUAGAGGGUCAUGGCUGUGAUCAACGAUUAUGUGACACGCUGCUACGGAGAAGAAGGAGCGAGGUAUUUCUCUUGACAGCAAAUUGGCCAGAAGAUGGAAGACCAACGCGUGUGAACUUAGGUUGGUGCAGUUGUUUCGACUUGCCUUUGGUGACGAUGCCGUUCCUGGAAUGGAUCCACUGAUCUCAGAAGAAUAUGCGGUCAAUACCGUGCUCUUAAGUGGCGAUGCAGGCACAGGAAAAUCGACUGUGCUAAAGAUGCUGGCGGAAAACCAUGGAGUUGCUAUAUUUCAAGUAAUGGUGGGUGAUUUGGCAGCGGAUUAUGACGGAAGAGUUGGCAAAGGGCUUCAGACGACUGUAUGGCAAGCGGUGAGUUUUCCGAAAAGUCUGAUUAUAUUGGAAGACGUAGAUUUGUUUUUCCCGACCAAUGCUGAAUCGGAAAAUGCGCCACUCAUGACGAUACUGCGCACAAGCUUGGAACUUAUGUCUCGUCAACGUCAGUCCAAUAUCUCGAGAACUGUUUUGGCAGGAACUUCCCGAAAAGUGGGUUCCAUAGCCACAGAUUUUCGGCACCUUUUCGAGGACAAGAUUCGUUUGCAGAUCCCGACACCGGCGGAAAGACAGAGCAUCCUACAAUACCUUGCUUCUGGCUUGAAAGUGGAAUCCACGAUCAAUUGGGACGAGAAAGCGGCUAAAGCACAUGCAUUUGUGGCGGCAGAUUUGGCUCAAUGGUGCCGACUCGCUGAAGAGAAAGCACUUCAGGAACGAUCAAGCAAAAUUUUAUCGCGUCACUUUGAGGAAACCUUUGAUAAUGUUCGACUGAGCAGUUUGCAAGAAAUGACAAUGGCAGAAAAGCCGGAAAUUACGAGGUGGGAUGAUAUUGGAGGAUUGACUCACGCAAAGCACGCACUUGAGGAAUCGGCUGUAUGGAUUUACAAGCACGCUGAUGCGUACAAACGACUAGGUAUCCGACCAUCGAAAGGGGUUCUUUUAUACGGCCCACCAGGUACCGGUAAGACCAUGUUGGCCAAAGCAGUGGCUACCGAGUCAUCAGCGAAUUUUCUGGCGGUGAGCAUCCCUGAUCUUGUCAAAGGGGAGGUGGGAGAAUCCGAGAAAGCAGUUGCCAAGAUCUUUGAGACCGCCAUCCGUUGCAGUCCGUGCGUUAUUUUUUUGGACGAGCUGGAAGCUGUGUUUGCUACGCGUGAAAGUAGUGGCGAUGUAGGGAGAAAGUUAAUCUCACAAUUCCUGAUCGAAAUGGAUCAUUUGGAUAAAUUGGACCAAAGUGUUAUCCUGUUGGGAGCCACCAAUCAUUUGGAUGCGAUUGAUAAAUCUAUUUUACGACCAGGACGAUUAGACCGGUUGGUGUAUGUGGGUGCUCCGGAUGAAGCGGAACGUUUAGAAAUUCUGCGCGUGCUCAGUGAAAAGACGCGAGUAUCGGCAAAUGUGGAUCUAGCGGAUGUGGCCAAAAGAACUUUAGGUUAUACAGGAGCGGAUCUCAAGGCUGUGAUAAGGAAAGCGGGUCUCUCUGCUCUGAAGCGACGCCACAACUCUCAUCAAGGCACCGCUCUCUGUAUCGAUCAGCAAGACAUUGAAGCAUCUUUAGCCGUCAUUGAACCAUCCAUGUCAUAAUUUUGUUCUCUUUUUUUCCAAACCGCAUACCCAUACCAGUAAACUAAUUGUCAUUCUCUCAUAAUAUAUUCGCAUCAUAGGCUGAAUGCUUGUGCCCGUU